GGAGAAAUUUCUUCCUGUGCUGCGAGAGCUCUCAGGAAUAUUUUUACUGUACAAGCAUCUGAUCUGAUUAAAGACAGGGUGUACCUUUCUGGCAUUUGCAGGAGAAGCUGUGUUGGAUCAGAGCUGGUAGACUGGCUUUUGGAGCAGUGCCCUUUUGUUAAGUGCAGAUCUACAGCAGCUGGAGUGUGGCAGCUCCUUCUGGAUAUGGGCAUUAUAUUAUCAGUGGACAGACAACUCUAUUUUCAAGACACUAAUGCUUUCUACCAGUUCUCAGCGGACGAAUGUACCUACCUUUUCUGUGAAUUUGAGAAAGAGGAAGGAUGGAAGAAUGGAGUAAAGCUCCUACUUCAACUACUGCCAUUGUCUCCCCCCAGGAUUGACAUGUGUAAUCUGCCUGAUCAAAAAAUAGAAGAUACGGCAGAAACCAAUGCUGAAAUCCUUGCUCGUCUCACUUCUGCGGUACAGCGAGAACUAGCUGCUGUCAUUGCCUUGAAAGCGAGAAAGUCAG